AUGAACCCGCCGGCGCCCCGCCAGGCGGCCGCUCGCUCCGGCUAUCAUCAAAAGGCACUAGCCCAGAUCCGUAAUUCACUAUUACCAUUCGCUAACAAUGGCAACUCUGAGCCACCUGGCUCGUCAGCAGCGAGCACAGUCAGUUCUGGUGUUAGCUCUGGCUUUAGCUCAUCAUCGGGGAAUGGUCUUGACAAGGAUUUGACUGCAUUACCACAAACCUUAAACCAAUUAAUAGCUUUGGGAUUUGAUGAGGAUCCUGCUGUAAGAGCAUUAAAAUAUGCUGGAGGGCGAUUUGAUGCAGCGUUAGAUUACCUGUCAAAACAACAGGAAUCUCAUAACGGAGUCCUUAAGACAAGUAACUUAAAUGCCUUGAACUCCAAACUUAUACGAAAACCUAGUCUAGAGCGUGAAAUUAACCUCCAUAGAGGUAGUCCUGCACUUGAUUCUGGCGCAGGCAGCUCUCGGUCUGACAGUCCUAGACAGUCGGAUGCACCUCCUCUCCCUCAUGAGAAAUUAAGUAGGCAAUACUCGCCAUCCGGUUUCUCUGAACCGCCGCCACCGCCUCCGCCGCGAUGUCCGUCCACGCCGCCAGUAAUGCCAUCAGUGCAGCAGCUCAUGAAGCGCAUGUCACCUGCGCCACCAUUACCGCCUGCGCGGCACCAGCCCCGUUGCAGCUGGCGCACCCACGCCACCUGCCCGGCAGCCAAUGAUAGUGGAGGUGCAGAACUGCCCCCACCAUAUCCACUGUCGGGCGUACCACCUCCUCCUUCAUACUCAGUGUCAAUGCAGAAUCGCCAAAGUCCCACACAGUCACAGGACUAUCGGAAGAGUCCAUCGUCGGGGAUCUACUCGGGAGGCACCUCCGCCGGGUCGCCGAGUCCGAUUACGGUGACGCAAUCGACAGGCUCGGCAUCGGGGAUGACUCGACCUACGCCUAUUCAGGCGUGGACUGCGAGACAAGCGGUGCAACCUCCCAUUAUUAUGCAAUCUGUGAAAAGUACACAAGUUCAGAAGCCAGUACUGCAGACUGCGAUAGCGCCUGUUGCACCUCCACCUGUCGCGAGCUCGGUCGCGCAGCCGCCUCCGCCCUCGUAUGCUAGCUCUAUCCAACAGAAGCAACAGGCGCAAACACCGCCGAGCUACCCUCUGGCCCCGAAGCCGUCCUCGCCCGGGUCCACGCCCCCAGUCAUACCUACAGCGACCACUCCCACCGUUCCCACUACAGAACCACCGAGCUAUGCUAUCACAAUGCAAGCUCUAGCCGUGCAGAGAGGGAUGCACCCUAUUCCACCGCCGCCAUAUGGCAAUCAAAACGAUAACACGACUACUGUCAAUUCCCACCACUCACCUUUACAUAAGAAGUUCUCAAACACAGGAGAAGCUUCCCAGGUAGAAAUUAAAUGUCCAAAUCAAAAUUGUACGAACAAUCUACUGAAAGAUAGUGUAGCCGCGUCCAGCUCGGAUAAAAGUUCGAACGGUUCAACGGAGCGUCGACCCAAGGGCUUAGAAAAGAUAAGACAUCAAUCGCCUAUUCCGGAAAGGAAAAAUAUUAGUAAAGAAAAAGAAGACGAACGAAGAGAUUGUAAAGUGAGAAAUUAUUCACCUCAAGCUUUUAAAUUUUUCAUGGAACAGCACGUCGAAAACAUUUUGAAGUCGUAUAAGCAACGAACGUUUAGACGAAUGCAGUUGGAGAAAGAAAUGACUAAAAUAGGUCUCAGUGCAGAAGCACAAUGUCAAAUGAGGAAGAUGUUAUCUCAGAAAGAAUCCAACUACAUUAGAUUAAAGAGAGCAAAGAUGGACAAGUCAAUGUUCACGAAAAUUAAGCCGAUCGGAGUAGGCGCCUUUGGGGAAGUGACGUUAGUAAGAAAGAUUGAUACUAGUCAUCUAUAUGCCAUGAAGACACUUCGAAAAGCUGACGUGCUGAAGCGGAACCAGGUGGCGCACGUUAAAGCUGAGAGGGAUAUAUUAGCGGAGGCUGACAACGAAUGGGUCGUUAAACUUUAUUACAGCUUCCAAGAUAAAGAUAAUUUGUAUUUUGUGAUGGACUAUAUACCUGGUGGUGAUCUGAUGUCUUUGUUAAUAAAGCUGGGUAUAUUCGAAGAGAGCCUCGCUAGGUUCUAUAUCGCGGAGUUGACGUGUGCGGUGGAAAGUGUCCAUAAGAUGGGCUUUAUCCACAGGGACAUCAAACCCGACAAUAUUUUAAUAGAUCGCGAUGGCCAUAUUAAGUUGACAGAUUUUGGUUUAUGUACGGGAUUUAGGUGGACGCAUAACUCUAAAUAUUAUCAGAGAAAUGAUCAUGGACGACAAGACUCGAUGGAUCCAGUGGACGGAGAAUGGGGUGCCAUGGGCGAGUGUAGGUGUCAUCAGCUAAAACCUCUGGAGAGGCGACGCAAGCGCGAGCACCAGCGGUGUCUGGCGCACUCGCUGGUCGGCACGCCCAACUACAUCGCGCCUGAGGUCCUACAGCGCACCGGUUACACCCAGCUGUGCGACUGGUGGUCUGUUGGUGUCAUCCUCUAUGAGAUGUUAGUCGGAUCACCACCUUUUCUAGCCUCUACGCCCGCCGAAACGCAACUCAAGGUUAUAAACUGGGAAAGUACCCUACAUAUCCCAGAUGCAGCAAAAUUAUCUCCAGAGAGUAAGGAUCUAAUCCUACAGCUAUGUUCUGGUCAGGAAACGAGGCUUGGCAAAGAUGCGAACGAAGUAAAGAACCAUCCGUUCCUACAUGGCAUUGACUUCGACAAGGGACUGCGGAGGCAAGUGGCACCAUACAUACCUCGGAUCGACUACGCGACCGACACUUCCAACUUCGAUCCAGUGGACCCGGACAAGCUCCGCAACUCGGGCAGCUCCGACUCCAACAAGUCGGACAGUGAGCUUCUCGACAACGGUAAGACGUUCCACGGAUUCUUCGAGUUCACGUUCCGAAGGUUCUUCGAUGACGGUUAUACGAACAAAAUCAACCUCGACGACAACGAUAACCAGGGACCCGUGUACGUAUAG